AUGGCGACGAACGAGCCUGCAAACGACGAGGAGUGGGCGCAAGCGGAAGGUGUCCCGAGUUUAAGCGAUCCAUUUAUCCAGCAGUAUCUACAGGGUCGGGAUGCGCUCGUCCAGCAAGAGAAGAGACAGCGAAGUGACUAUCUGUUCCGCCAAAAUCUCUCUCCUAUGGCACAAGAAGCAUGCGCUAUUGUUUCUCAAAUCCGGUUCGAGGAGCAACAAACGCUGUGGACCAAGGAAUACGAAGACAGUUUGCUGACUGACCAUGCCGAUGUAUUUCCCGGUAUGAUGUUCUCACUUGCCAAGGAGCGCAUGGAGAAGAGUAAGCUGUGGCAAAUAGUGAAGAAAAUGCCAAAAGGCACCCUGUUGCACUGCCAUCUAGAGGCCAUGGUUGAUCUUGAUUGGGCGCUUGAAGAAGCCUUUAAGACUGAAGGGGUUUGUUUGGUAGCCGAUGGCCCUAUUGUCGAUGAUCAGACAAGGUGUAAGACACGUUUCUCGUUCACGUAUUCCAAGGUGGCCAAAACUGACUGCUCCAUCUGGAAUGAGAGCUAUAUCGCCAACACACCAGUUGCCAUCAAUCAAGCUGCGGAUAGCUUCCCAGAUGGAGGUAAGAAGGCCUUUGUCGAAUGGAUUCGUUCCCGCGUUACCAUCACACCCUCUGAGCACCUUUCCCAUCAUGAAGGUCCCAACGAAGUAUGGCGGAAGUUCAUGUCGUGUUUCCCUAUUCUUGGCUCAUUAAUUUACUACGAGCCUAUUUUCCGCAAAUUCAUCCGAAAUAUGUGCAAACAGUUACUUGAUGAUGGGGUCUACUAUGUAGACAUUCGGUCAGCCUUCUAUACCCCGUAUCGCAGCACAGGAAAAGAAAAGUGGGACGAAGACUGGUUUCACAUGCUCGAACACAUGGCCGACGAGAUUGAGAAGUUCAAAGCGAGUGAAGAAGGGAAGGAGUUUUGGGGCGCGAGAAUGAUCUGGACUACCAUCCGUCAGUUUGGAACCAAACAAGUUAUCGAGAGCAUGAAGCAAUGUAUAGAAAUGAAACUCGAGUUCCCCGAAAUCAUUGCAGGUUACGACCUUGUCGGCCAAGAAGAUCUCGGACGUUCUCUCUCAGAUCUAGCUCCCGAACUCUUCUGGUUCCGCAAAGCAUGCGCACAAGAAGGUGUUGACAUACCCUUCUUCUUCCAUGCAGGUGAGACGCUUGGUGAUGGCGACUCGGUAGACGAGAACCUCUUCGACGCCAUUAUUCUCGGUACCCGACGCAUCGGUCACGGCUUCAGUUUGUACAAGCAUCCGCUGCUAAUUGACAUGGUCAAGGAGAAACGGAUCCUAGUGGAAAGUUGCCCAGUUUCCAACGAAGUGUUGAGGCUAUGUGGAAGCAUCAUGUCACACCCUCUGCCAGCGCUCCUUGCACGCGGUGUGCCUUGUUCGCUGUGUAACGAUGAUCCUACCAUCUUGGGCCAGGGUGUAUCAGGUAUGUCGCACGAUUUCUGGCAGGCACUCCAAGGCUGGGGGAAUCUGGGGUUAGAGGGUUUGGGCUCCCUUGCAGAGAACAGUGUGCGUUGGGCUAGUCUUGACGAUUAUGCUGCAAAAGAUUGGACUCAGGAUAUCAAGGAUGGCAUGUUCGGCAAGGGCAUUCGCGCGCAGAGGUUGAAGGAAUGGGUUAACAAGUGGGAGAAGUUUUGCGCUUGGAUUGUGGAUGAAUAUGGGGUUGAUGUGAAUGUUGAGCCAGAGGAGUAG